CUAGUUUCCUUCUCAGUUGGCCUCGUAUCGUGAGUUGGCUUCGGAUCAGACGACGGUAAAGGACGAGCUUGGAUUUCGUUUAUAUCUGAAAAAAAAAAACAUUAAAAAACUUGUUCAUUUGUUAUAAAACUAUUUUUUUUUAGGAUUUUACAAUUAUAAUUUGUUUUAAGUAUACAAUGCACAGUAUAGAACAACUUCUUCAGGCAGCUGAUUUCAUUGAAAGACGAGAUCGAGAAGCCGAGCAUGGCUAUGCAUCUACGUUACCUAUGCCUGAUGAAUAUAAUUACAAUUCACCCAAAAGGAGGUCGAAAUCCAAAAAGUCUCAAAGUAACAGGUCUACACACAACGAGCUUGAAAAGAACAGACGAGCUCACCUCCGACACUGCUUAGAAAGAUUAAAAGAUCUUGUACCUCUUGGUGUUGAUUCCUCUCGACACACUACGUUAGGUCUUCUAACAAAAGCCAGGACAUUUAUCAAGAAUCUAGAAGAAAAAGAAAGGAAAGCAAUUUUAUUGAGAGAUCAGCUAGAAAGAGAAAAUCGUCACCUUCGCCGCAGACUGGAUUUACUGCUACAACAAAGUAACCACAAUCACAACCUUUUCCGAUUGCGCCAGGAGCGCAGUAUUAGUGAAUGCAGCACAUCAACAAAUUCAUCAUCACCUACCUCAUCCAUCAAUCAAGAAGAAUCUGAUGAAAUAGAUAUAGUUGGCGACUUCCAAAGUGACAGUGAUGAUCGCUGCAGUAUUGAAAGUCUUGGAAGCGAUGGUGGAAGUGCUGAUUGUCGACAUUACAGGAGCAAUUUUUUAGAAGAUUCUGGAGUUUCCCUUUGAUCCUGUGCUCCAUUUUUUUUUUCCUUCUUCUCUUGCUCAGUUUGCUUGCUCGCAGCUGCAUGAGCAAUUUAAAAAAAAGAAAAUUGAGCAUAUUUGUUGUUCAGAAAUGUCAUCUCUUUGUUACUAUAAUUACAGUACAUAGUGACUAAAUGUUGUCUGGAGAAAAUUGUAGUCACAUUUGGAUUGGAUUAUAACUGAAAAUAAAAACUUUGAUCCGGAUUACUACCAGCUUUUUAACGCUCAUCCAUUCAUUUAUGUUCCAUGAGGACUACGUUCUUAACUGGUGUACGACUACUAGGAUUAUCACUACAGGAAAGAAGAUUCAUUUGAAUGCCAUGUUUAUGUUGUACAUGUUAUUAUAUCUUGAAUAUAUAUAUAGUUUCUAUGUCAGGUUUGUGAACAAUUGCAAAUUAACUCAAACACAACAACAAGAAAAUUGUUACCAUUGACUUGAAAUGUGACUGAGCUGAGUGACUGUUUAUGCAUACAUGUGAAUUUUUAUCUAAUGUUAUAUAAAGAUGAUGGUAGAAGAAUUGCCGUCUUUUAAAAUCACAUUUGGCUGGCCAAGUUAGUGGGAAUCAACAUGAACUUUUUAAAGCACAAGUUUUUAAUGGCAUAAACAUAUUGGUCUGGGCAGUGUAACUAAUGGAAUAUAUAUUUAUAGUCCAUGUUUAUUCUGUUUGUGUUUUUUUUUUUUAAAAGGAUAAACAUAUUUUCAUGAUGCUUUUACAGCCAAUACACAUUUUUAUAGAUGGGGAAAAUGGAAGACUGUUACAUACCCAGGUGUUUAUAUUUACAGAAUCUAUAACAUACUUUCCAAGGUGAUUGUAUAAUUUAGAAAGCCAACUUCAACUCAGCAUUUUAAAUGCCUUCAAGCAUUUAUCACAUCAUAAAUCAGUAUUGAUAUUACCAUUUAAAGGACAUAUUGCUGACUGCUAGAUAAUGAAAGCUGAGAACCCAAUACCUGUGGUAUCACUCCGUGACUUUCCGAAUCUGAUUAUUCCUUUUUUUUUUGUAACUUCAAGAAAGCUGUGAUUUUUUUCCCAAAUGGCUGUAGGUUCUUCCGCCUCCCAUCAUUUAGCGUCCCACAGUCCGUGCUAGCGCGGCAGUGACGUAGGCAGCAUGAGGCGGUUAGGCCAUGUCAUGCCUUUAGGAUGAGUGGUGCUUAGACUAACUUUUGCCAACAGACUUGCAAAUUUAAGUUUUCGUUUCAAUAUUUUAAACUUAUCAAAUUGCAUUGGUCUGUAUGGUCUCUAAAUUUGACCAAGUUUCUACACCAUUUUCUUCUCUACUACUUACUGAUUAAUGUCAAAGAUUAGUAAGAUCUAGUUGGAAGUUGUCCAAUCAAGUAUGCUAAGGUAAAUUUGUGAAUGUUUUGAAAGAAAUGAAAAAAAAAAAAAGAUUGUAGCUAAUUUGGCAAAACAAUGACAUUGAGUUAUAAGUUCAUUCCGAAAGUAUUUAGAAGUGAAUGUUCGCUAGUCAUAACAAAUUCAAAAAUGCUGCUCUGUUUGAGAUGUAUAUGUAGUGUUUAUUACAUUGUGCAAAAAAUUUAUAUAUGGAUGAGGACAUUUUUAUAUUUUUUUAAUUUAUUUUUUUUGAUAGGCGGGUGAUAACAAGAUAGAAUUAAAAGUGAGCUGCUUAUCUCAAAGAUUAAGGCCAUUCUAAAAAUAACUAUCUAGCUAAUAUAGAGUGAAUGUGUUGGGUAUGUAGCAUAAGUGUGGCACACAAUGUGCCAGUGUUGACUUGUCCUCCGCAGAGAAAAAAAAAGAUGCUUUUUUUGUUUUCAACCGAACUCAUCUCAAAAUCUCCCACCAUCCCUCAUCUCAUUGUUUGAAUGGGCUCUGUAAAACUGUGUACAGUUACUACAAUUUGUACAAUGACAUAAUCCAGGUGACACUUUGUUAGUAGUUUUAACAAAUAUCACUUAGCAUAUGUAUGCUUUUCAAUUGUUAACCUUACUUUCCUUAUUUCUAGUUAUGGUAUAUUUAAAUUGUUUGAGGCUAAAUCUUUCUAACUGAAGUUUCGGAAGUCGAAGUUUAAAUGCUUGAGGAGUGAACUGAUAUUUUAAAUACUGUACAGAGAGAGGCUUGUGAUUUUCAUUCAUUCAUACAAUAUUUGUAUCGUUUUUUUUUUUUGUUGUUACUAUUUCUAGAGCAUGGUUGUCAAGCGGCCACAGCAAUCAUGGCGGCUGCUUGGGUUGUCAUCUGUGGUGUUCUCAUGAUCAAUUUUUAUAUCUGUGAUAAUAUAAUAAAAAAAUAUGAAAAGAUUUGACUUUUUUAUGCUGGAUAUUUUUUCAUAUGUUAGACUCUAGGAAAAAAACUAGAUUUAACAUUCGUAGUUCCAAAUGAGAGUUGGCAAGACAAAUAGGCACUUAGUCUCAUUAAUUGCUUAUUAAAUUCUCCCUAUUCAACAAAGUGUGCCUUCUCAAACAGCUGCAAUAUAGCCGAUGGCUUUUCAUCUACUUACAAAAUGUGCAAUGUCUUUUGUCCUGUAAUACCUCUCUGUGCGCAAACUGUAAUAGGAAUAAUGUUGAAUUAGGAAACAGAUUCAUUUUCAGCGUUUUUUUCUUAUUUUGUAGUUGGUCUUAGGGAAGUACUAGAAAACAAGUCUUUCUGUUCCAUGUUUAACUAAGUGGUACUUAUGGUAUUCUAUGGCAAUAAAGACAAACAAUGAAGAAAACUUUUUUUAAUCUCUUUUUCCUUAAUAUAUUUUUUUUUAAAGUAAAAUUUGACAAGCUAAUAAGUUUUUUUUUUAUUAGUAUAAAUCUGGUUGGUAAAUUUAUAUUAAUAUUUACAGAAUUUGAUUUAUAGAAUAAUACUUUUUUCUUCAGUUUAAUAUUAUUAAUAUAAUUAAUAUUCUUUUAAAGUAAUCUAAUUACGCUGUCCGAGAAACUGAGGCUGAUUGAUUUGACAAAAACAUUUUGCCUUUUUUUUGUUUUUUUUUACUGAUGCAAUAUAAAAUGCCUGUCUCACCAUUAUUUCAUAUGAUGAUAUUGAGAAUUUUAGAGAUUGAGAAAAUAUCUAAAAUUUGUGUUAAAAGAUGUAUUACUGAUAAAGAAAAUAAUGCAGGAAUUUAAAAUAUUUAAAAAUAAUGUGUUAAGUAAGCAAAACUUAAAAUCUCACCCAAAAAUAACUCUUCGUCAGAUGUAUAUCUAUAAAUGAUCUUAUUUCUAUAACAUUGACUUCGAAAUAAUUUUAACUGAAUUCAGCAAAGUUGAAAUCUUGACAAGUUAGGAAAAAAUGUAAAACUAUGAAAAAAUUUUUUUAGCUAAAAUUGUUUAAGAUCCAUUGAAGUAUCAAUAAAUCAUGCAACAGAAGUUGACUUGACAUAAUGGUGAGUCUGGCUUAAUUCUGCUCUUAGUUAAGCUCUAAUGGUUAAAGAAUUUUAAAAAGUUCAGUUCUAAACAAAUACUAAAAUAUUUGAAUUUCUUUAGAUCAAAUGAUCAAAAUAGAUCUGAUAGCUUUGUCAAUAUAAAUAAAUAAAUAAUAUGAAAAUAUAUGUUAAUAGUCAGUACUUAAAAAGUCGACUAAAAUCAUGUUUCAAGUCUUUCAACUAUUCAUUUUGUUGAUGUAAGUGGUAUGAGCAAGUUAUGUGCAGUAGCAAGGCUGUUUUCAAAAGCUGUUUUUAUGUUGACUGUAUCCAGUUUGAAAUAAUACCAAGAUUUGUAGCAUUCAAUAAACAAAUCCAGCAGAUGUUUAUAUGUCACAUCUCCCUUCCCCUUUUCCAGAUUGCCCUCCCCCCAACAGAUUAGACUCUGAUUAGAGUAAGCAAAUAAUAUGAAAAACAAAUCCUGGAGAACAUAUUUAGUUAAGAGCAUUUUCAAUAUAAAACUACUAUCAUUGAUUGGAUAACAUUCUAUGAGGUUAUAUUCCACUCAGCCAUUUAUUGUCACCAAUCUUUUACUGUAUGAAUUGAAUUACAAAACUGCAUGAUUGGAAUCUGUUUCUUCUGAAUUAGGGAAAAAUUUAAAGAUAAAAUUCUAUUAAUCCAAGAAAAUCCUAAAUAUCAAAUGCUAGUAGUCAGUAAAGGAUUUAAGAUUCAAUGAUUAUAUACAUUAGAUUUCUAGGUAACUUAGUAUGUCAAAGCGUUCCUUUUUUUUUAAAUAGAUCUAUUAGAUUUAGUGGGUUUUUUUUCGUUAAGUAGGGGGCCUAUUACAAAAAAAAUAAAUGUUUAAGUAGUUAAUUUCUAAUCGGAUCUAGAUUUAAGAACAAAACUAUUUCCAUCUAUUUACUGUCAGCUGAUCUCACCUUUGUACAUGUUUUUUUUUUCUUGUUUUGGUUUGUGUAUGUUCCAGUUGGUUGUUUCAAACACUUCCUUGAUAGGGAAAUAAUUAAUGGCUUGGUCAUUAAGAAGGCAGCUAGUUUAAAUAAUGAAUGCUCAUGGUGUGUGGCACGAAAUAAUAUAGGCUAGUGAUAGCAACCGACACAAAACAUAAAAUAUUAUUGUUUAUUGUAAACAAUUUUUUUUUGUUGGGGAAAACAGAAAAGAAAAACUUAACUUGAAGUAGAGAACCAAAUAUAUAGCCUACCUAUUAAACAAACACUCUUUGUGAUCAAUAUAAUUUAGACCUAUAUGUAAUUGAUUUCAUAAGUUUCAUCAUUCUAUAAUGUAAGCAUUUAAAAGUGGCCAUUGUCAAACUUAAUCAGUUCUGUUUAGUGUAUUGCAUUCAUUGAAUCUAGUAGACAGAAAAAUAGUGGGUUUUCUUUAAAAACAAAUUAAUAGUAUUUCAGCUUAUUAUAUAAUAAAGUUCACUAGACUUGACUAGACCUAGACUAAGUAGACUCUAUAUAUCGAAGUAUAAAUGGAUCUUUUUUUUUAAUAUUUAAAAAAAAAAGUUCAGUUAUUUUAAAAUGGCAUUCACGUAAGAUCUAUCUUAUAAAAUGGCAAAUGUUACAGAUAUUUAUACCAUAACAUUAUGUGAUGUGUGCAUUGACCACUUCUGUACAAAACGCAGGAUCUUUAAUCAAUUUAAUGUAUACAAAUACCUACUACUACAUCUAGAAGCCUACUGUAAAUAUAUAUAUUUGGCAAAGGCAAAAGGAUUCAAAUAAAAUAAAGUUAGCCCUUAAAUGACGUGUGAUAGUUUAGAUCUCAGUUUAUCAUAGUAAAACACUUGUAGGUACUUGAUACAUAAGUUAACUUUGUGAACGGUGUGCUCGUAUGAUUAGAAGCUUCUAUUUCCCAUUCUUCUUUGGGGUCAGCAACCGUCACAUCCUGAACCAAUAGAAAUUUUAUUAUUUUUAGAAAGCUGGCAAAUAACGGAGGAUUUUGUGAGCCGGUACAGCUUUUCCAUUUACCAUGUCACAGAAACAUAACCAACAUACAAACUGAAAUGCCAAGGGGCUGUUUGUACAUUCAACUUUUUUAUCUGCAUUCUUGUUUUUGUUGUACCACUAAUACAAACAAAUGAAUGUUGACUCGAUGUUUUUCUAUGGUGUUUUCAUUUGACUUGUACUAAACACUGCGACAUCUGAAACUUCAGUUCCCAGACAAUAUGUGUGUAUAUUCUAAUGUUAUAUGCUUGCUUAGUGUUGACUUGUAUUCAUUGGAAGUUUGGAAGUCGGUAUGUUGAGAACAAUUGGAGAGAUUAUUAGAUUUUAAUGAAUUAAAAAAUGUAAAUAGACAUUUUGUGAUGUUCACAACAUUAAACGAAUAAAUGUUGCUGGACUAUUUCAA